AUGUUUUCCAAACUUCUCCGAAUUCAUCCUUCUUUAGGUCUCUCAUACGCGACUUCGCGUGGAGCCGCUCUCAGCAAGCCGCUCGUGGCAUUGGAGAGCACCAUCAUCACGCAUGGCCUGCCCUAUCCAGCCAACGUGGAAACUGCCAAAGCUUGCGAAGAAGCGGUGAGGGACGCCGGAGCUGUGCCAGCUACCAUCGCUCUUCUAGAUGGCUUUGCAAAUGUAGGGCUCGCGCCUCGUCAGCUGGAGCGGCUAGCUGCGUGUGGCGAUAGAGACGGAUCAAAAACGAAGGAAGAAGUGGUCAAAGCUGGCAGAAGAGAUCUUGCCGCGGUGCUGGCUCGUCCCGAUGUCAUUGGUGGGACUACCGUGAGCGGAACUAUGGUCCUGGCUCAACUCGCUGGCAUCGAGAUAUUCGCUACUGGGGGCAUCGGCGGCGUACAUCGAGGCGCACAGGAUUGUGAGUAGUCUAUUUGAAGUCAUAUGCCUUGCAUUGUGGAUAAGAGGAGACAUACUGACGUCUCAGGUAUCCUUCCUUUCAUCGUCCACAACGAUGACAUGGGGUACUUCUAGCUAUGGACAUCUCUUCUGAUCUGACGGAGCUUGGCAGAACGCCAGUGUCUGUUUUCAGCAGUGGUGUCAAGUCCAUCUUGGACGUUGCGCGCACUCUAGAGUAUCUCGAGACGCAGGGAGUCGGUGUGAGCUCGUUCAACCGCUCCGGAGAGGUGAGUGGGUAGAAGCUCACCCAACACUCCCAUUGGACGAGACCAAAUUGAUGCUCAUAUCCGCAUCAAAUACUGGACAACGCAGUUUCCAGCCUUCUACACUGCCAAAUCAGGUCAUCAUGUGCCUGCUGUGGACUCUCCACGACAGGCAGCUGAAAUCAUCUAUGCGGCUAGAACACUGGGACUAGACUCAGGUCACCUCUUUGGAGUUCCGAUCCCAUCGAAAUUUGAGCCAGCUGGUCAAGCAAUUAGCUUGGCAGUCGAACAGGCAGUGCGCGAAUCUGAAGAGAAUGGCAUCGCCAAAUCUGGCAAGGAUGUAACUCCCUGGUUGCUCAAACGCGUCACUGAGCUGUGUCCAAAGGCUCUCGAAAACAACACAGCGUUGGUCGUCAACAAUGCGAAGGUGGCCGCGCAGACCGCUGUGGAGCUGCAAAAGAUACGAGCGGACAGAGACACGAAAAUUUACCCAAGCGCGGUGCCUGAUAAGGCCACGCAGAAGGCAACAAGUAUCAUCGAGAGCGCAACCGACACCGCUCAAAUCAACGCGUCUUCAGUGACCGGUCCUCAACGUAAACUGCCAAGAGCCGGAACUCUGGUGAUCGGUGCUGCCGCGCUCGACGUGACUGCGCAAGGAAGCAAAGAUGCCAUCUCCUCUGGCACCACCUAUCCUGGCAGGGUCAUAACGUCGCCGGGAGGCGUAGCGCGAAACAUGGCGGAGGCGGCCACACGACUUCUACGGACGUAUGAGUACCAUGCUGUUCAGCUGAUAGCUCCUGUUGGAGAGGACGCGGCAGCUGUGACGUUGAGACAGGCCAUGGAAGCUUCGUUUAUGCGGGCGGAUGGACUGCGAAUUAGUAAGCGGGUACGCACACCUUCUGUCGUAUUGAACCUUGACGAGAGCGGCGAUCUACAUGGCGGCAUUGCAGACACCGAGGCACUCGAAGAGAGCGAUGCAGAUACGUCCUCUCGAUUGGCUGCUCGACUUUCAUCUCCAAUUCCCCUCACCAUAGGGCUGGACGCCAACCUUCAGGAGGAAGCCCUAUCCAAGGUCGUAGAUUCUGUGUAUGGAGUGCAGACCAAGCGUCGCUCGCCUGCAACUGCAGUGCUGUAUGAGCCUACUUCUGUUGCUAAGGCACCCAGGCUGAUAGGCGCUCUGCACAAGAUCAAGGAGAAGUACAAGAAUGACCCCAACGUGAGGCACAUAGACGUCAUCGCGAUGAGUGCGGAGGACGGGAAGGACCCGAUAGGUUGCUGGUUACGGAACUGGACGACAUUCAUGACCCCGAACGAGAGCGAAGUCGCAGCCAUACACUCUGAAGCAUACAAGCUCGGUUUGCUUCCAUGGAAUGCGGACAAGGUGGUGUUCAGAUCUCCCAUUGUACACGGAGAGGUAGAGAAAAAGGCGCAAGAACUCUCUGCAUUGGUUUCGGGCGCAAUCUUAGUGAAGAUGGGCUCUAAAGGGGUCUUAGUUGCACGAUCAGGCCUUGAUUCUGAUAAUUACGAGCCGAUGAUAUUGUCGCGCCUCUGUCCGCCACCGACUCGAGUCACUCCAGACACGGAGCUCAAUACGACGGGUGCCGGUGACACGUUUGCAGGAGCUAUGCUCGCUCUCUGCCACGUCUCGAUGCAAGAAGGAUUUCAUCCACGGCUCUGGGACUCGGUACACUGGGACAUGGCAAUCGAAAUCGCGCAGAGAGCUGCUGCCCUCACAUUGGACUCCGCCCAAGCCGUCUCCCCACUGCUUGAGUCACAUCUGGGCCAAGAAGUGCUGAAAUUCGGGCUCUUCCUCCGCGGCGAUCCGGAAGCGUCGAUUCACUAA